UCCAUUCAGCUCUCUCCUUAAGACCAUCUCUUGUUCUUCAAUUCCUUGGUUUUCCUUGGGUUUCUUCUGUAGCUGCUCUGGUAGCUGCAUCUCACUUCAGUACUAGAAUCCUGGCAAGACUCGGAAGGCCCUCAGGCCUCUGGAACACCCACUGACCCUUAUUCGUUCAUUUAUUUGCUUUGCCUUCGUCCUGUAAGUUUUAAGAGCAAAGAUUGAUAGAGGCUGAGAGAAGAAGACAGAGUGAGGUACAUCAGGCACAGCGGAAGGACACUGUCCAAGCCAAGGAACGGUGUCUGUACACACUCAUGUCCCCCCGGAGAGGGAGAAUUACUAAGAUCUUCAUCACACACCUUCAUGGAGACCACUUCUUUGGCCUCCCUGGCCUGCUCUGCACAAUCAGCCUGCAGAGUGGCUCCACAGUCACCAGACAGCCCAUCGAAAUCUACGGCCCCGUGGGGCUGCGGGACUUCAUCUGGCGGACCAUGGAACUGUCCCACACGGAGCUGGUCUUCCCUUACGUGGUCCACGAGCUGGUGCCUACGGCGGAUCAGUGUCCAACAGAAGAACUGAAAGACUUUGCACCCAUGAGUGGCGCAGACACCUCUCCCAAGGAGGGGCAAGGAAGAACUAUCUUGUUAGACUCGGAAGAAAACUCAUACCUCCUGGUCGAUGAUGAGCAGUUUGUUGUAAAAGCAUUUCGCCUCUUUCACCGAGUUCCCUCCUUUGGGUUUUCGGUCGUGGAGAAGAAGCGCCCAGGUAAACUCAAUGCACAGAAACUGAAAGACCUCGGUGUUCCUCCAGGCCCUGCCUACGGGAAGCUGAAGAAUGGAAUUUCUGUGGUUCUGGAGAACGGAGUUACAAUUUCUCCCCAAGACGUCUUAAAAAAGCCGAUUGUUGGAAGGAAAAUCUGCAUUCUGGGUGACUGCUCUGGGGUGGUGGGCGACGGAGGAGUGAAGCUGUGCUUUGAGGCCGACCUGUUGAUCCACGAGGCCACCCUGGACGACGCCCAGAUGGACAAGGCCAAGGAGCACGGCCACAGCACGCCGAGGAUGGCAGCAGCGUUUGCAAAGCUGUGCCAGGCAAAGAGGCUCGUUCUGACCCACUUCAGUCAGAGGUACAAACCAGUUGCCUUGGCCAGAGAAGGAGAGACAGAUGGGAUUAUAGAACUGAAAAAGCAAGCUGAAUCAGUGUUAGAUCUCCAAGAAGUGACUCUAGCAGAAGAUUUUAUGGUGAUUGGCAUUCCAAUCAAAAAAUGAACUCGUGUUCCCAAAUGCACACCGACAUGUCUUCAAAUAUGUUACUGGACUAGCCAUCAAGGUUGUUGUUGUUGUUUUAGUCUAAAAUUGUUUGGGUCCCAAUAAUCCUAAAAAGGAUGAUGGAGCUUCAUUGCUGAACUGACUCAGGAUUGAAAAGGAGCAAGCUUUUUGAUAAUAAAUCAUUUAAAAAAGAAAAAAGUUAGCAUCCUUUUUAAAGUCCAAAUUUGACAAAGUGGUAGACUAUUCAGGUGUGCUUAUACUUUGUGUUUCGUGGCUGCUGCCUCAGAUGUGCCCCGUACCAUCCUGGGCUUAGCUUCUGUCCAGCUUUAUUGCUGUUAUUGGCAGAGUGCUCCGGGCUCGGCCCUCUUGGCUAAAAAUGGUAUUUUGGCAGUUUGUGUUGAAUCUGUUCGUGUUAUUAACAGAAUAGAGAGAAGUGUAAUGAGACAUUGGACAUGCACGAUUGAAGCCAGCAUGUUAAAUCUUGCAUUCUUUGCCUGAAUACUGACUGUGGGGUCCAGCUAUACAUUUAUCCUUUAAUUAAUGUGUUAUUGAACUUUCUGGUUCGCUUCAAACCUGUGGUUCUCAGCUGAGGGUGAUUCCAUCCCCAUAGCUGGUGUUCUGAAAUUAUGACGAUAGCUUGCUUCAGCAGCACAUUUAUGAAAAUUGGAGUGAUACAGAGAUUAGAAUGGCCCCUGCCUAAGAGUGACGUGUAAAAUAAUGAAGCAGUCCAUAUUUUUAUAAAAAGAAAAAGGAAAAAAAAUUGUGGGGAUGUUUCUUGCCAAAAUGACUGGGAGGUAGGGGGAGAGCAUUGCUGGUAUUUACUCGGUCACUAGGAGCCAUGGAUGCUAGACCCUGUAGGGUUUGGGUCAGCCUUCUACCGCGAUGAAGAAUUGUCUCUCCCCAGAGUACAAACGGCAGGCCUGUUGAGAUACAUAGCAAGUUAAAACCUAUACCCCCGGUGUGAAUAUACUUUAUCAAAGUCUCUGACAUAAUGAGUCGAACUACUAGGUAAAUCGAAUUCUACAACAAACCCUAGAGAACGAGUGAAGUGAAUGUGUUAGAACUGGAGUGUCACAUGGGUUGGCAAUGUGACAACCUUUUAAAGAAUACAAAGGUUAUCUUUGAUUGAUAUCGAAUAUUAUUUGAGAGAAAUAAGCCAUGAGCUGGAGCUUACGAAUCUGGAGGUAAAGAAAGGCUAUUUAUUCAACAGAGUUUAAUUUACAUGCUCCUAUUAAUAAUUCUUUGAGCACAGUUUUAAUAAAUGUUCUUUCUAGAGUAGCUUUUCCUUCUAAGCUGCCUACUUCCUCCCUUCUCCCCUGGGGUAUUGGGGACUCAUUUGCCCCCCAAUAGUUCUCAAAGCGGGUAACAUGGAAAGAGUCUCAAGUACAGAUUCAUUCAAUAGUGUCUGCUCCUCAGACCAGUGUGGGAAACCUUUUAUGCCAGGUGUUCUGUGGGAGUAUCCUGGUGCUCAGUGAUAUAUAUGUAAAACAGUCAUAAACCAGUCUGUUGUGCCCAAAGACCUCAUUUCAGGGUCCUGUUGUGUACAGAACCACCUGUGUGGUCUGGAGCAGAUUGCCUCAUUCUCACCGAGUUUCUGCUUGCUCAUCGCUAAAACGGGGCAAAGAAAAAUAAAUAAGACGGGAAAAAUAAUGCUACCUCACGGGCUCAUUGUGAAGACUAAGACUGCGUGGUUGCGUGGCACCGAGAAGUCUGGCUCGCCCAGGCCCGUAGACUCUGCUGAGCCCCCUUCUCGGUCUUCCAUCGCUGGGCACUGCGCUCCCACCGCAGGAACUUAGAGCGUCUUUAGCGCACAUUUAGAAACAUUGCCUGGCAUAUACUGUUAAAUUCCUUUGAGUUCUGGGGCUUUUCUAGUAAAAAAAAUUGGACUCCUGGAUGAUCCCGCAGUCCCUAGAGUACUGACAAUCAGAACGGGUCUAGGCAGAAGACCUCAGUCGUCUGAAGCAGUCUUCACAAUGGCCCGAUUCUGCCCUCCUCAGGGCUGUCGGCCUGCCCAAGGACCCGAGUUUGACCAGACUGAAAGUGUAGCUUGGUGUCUGAACUCCAUUCAAACAAGCAUUUAUUAGACACUUUGGUGCGGCCGAAUCUGCACGGCAGGGAAUGACGGCUAACACUAGUCCCUCCGCAGCGUGGGGCUCUCGAGGGUGAAGACUCUUAGUCUCCUCUGCAUUCUUAGAAAUCCCCACUCAUAGCACGACUGGGCAAACUUUAGGACUUAAAGCUUAGGACCCGUGCGUCAUCCAUUUGUUACUGUAAUUGUCCAAAACAUUUUAAUUACCAGGUUUGGUGCUGUCCCAUUUACUGAGUAGCAGCCGAGUGCCAGGCUUUACUCUAUGGGAGGAGGGAAAUGAAUGUAAGCUAUUUCCAGGCUAAGGCUCACAGUCUAAGCGGUAGAGGCAGGUAAGUAAAAAACUGUAAAUGUAAACAUGUAGUUCCUGUAAAAGUUCUGUUUGUGUAGCCUGGUGCCUGGCUUUGCUGUGCCUUGAGCUGUGCUCUUGGAGUCAAGCUCCGUUAAUGUAUGUGGGCCAUGACCUCAGAGACCAGGGAACUUAAGAAUGAACGGAUAUGUUGGAUUGAGUGGAGGACAUUCACAGUUGAGAUUUUUUUCUUGGACUCUCUGCUGGCCUACAAUCUGUUCUUAGUGGUAGGAUACACUCUUAAGAAUUUGAGGAGCUAGGAUUAAGAAUGAAGCUUAUAUUGGACUUCCCAGAGCCUAUAGUCUGUUUAUGGUUGUGUAACUCUAAGAGAGGAUUAGACUAUGUAUUAUGCUGAAGUUUGUUCAAUCACUGAAUCCUCUUUUGCUAAAGAACAUCUUGGAACACUGAGAAAUGCUGUUCCUUAACACUUCUCAAAAUGAUUAUAUUUCUGUUUUUUACCUGCACAAGUUAUUGAGGUAAUGAAUUUCAUAGCUACACUUAGUAUUUUCUUUGUCCUAAACUGACUUUAAUUGUCCACAAGUACCCCCUUAUUUUAGCUUAAGAAAAAUAUGCGCUUUCCAGUUCUCAAAAGGUGUUGAGACUUACCUAAAGAGACCCCAAAUCAGUUCUGUUUUCUAAUACAUACGCCUCAUUAAGAUACUUUUAAUGAACUUUUAAUCAUAAAAGUAGCAUAUGCUUGGUAGAGAAUUAUUUUUUAAAGAUUCAAAAGAGGAAGACAAUUACUCACAAUUCCACUACCCAGAGAGCUACUCCUUCUGAUCCGGUGGUCCUCAAACUGAAGCGUGAGUCAGUGUUACUCCAAGGGGUAUGUAGGUGGACAAGGACGCGGAAGCAGAAAGAGAAGCUCUCCUGGUUUCUGGCUCACGCUCAGCAGCGUGAGAGGCCUGUCUCGUCACUCCAUCAAUGGGUGACACAGAGUAUCCUCAACGAAUGACCUUACAUGUCUCUCCCAAGACGCUGUCUUACAAACAUUAUUUUUGCCUCCUAGGACAAGUAACCUCAUUACAUCUCUCAACUAGCACACACAAUUCAACUAAGAUUUUCUUGAAUAUUCUUAUGCCAGCUUAAAAAUUUAGUAGUUUUUACCCAAAGGGGUAAAAAUCCAUACUGCUACAAAUACAUUCAUGGCAGAUGUGCAGCGGAGGUAGUUUUGUCUUCAUCAAGGUGUACAUUUAUAGUGAAAUGUACUGGUUCUGGCCUUCCUGAUUGAUGGGUUUUUCAGGUAUGAGUCGGUGUAUUUUUUCUUAUAUGGGAAGAAUGAAAAGGAAAUGCUGGCAAUGCUUUGAUUGUUUGCUGUUUGCAGGAUAAGAAAUGAGUUAAGGGGAAUGGGGUGGGACAUGGGAUAAAAUCAAGAAAUUCUUUUCUUCCACAGUAGGAAGUGAACAAUAUUUAGAACUGGAAAAUAAAUAGCACUUGAAGCACAUUAUGUCAAAGGUCAGGCAGGUGUAAACACCAGAUGAAUAGUUAAGAGUGCAGGAAGGAAUCCUUAGUGAAAGGUACAAGGGGUAGAGGGAGGAAUAGAGGAAUACUAUUUUUUUAAGUCCAGUAGUACUAGCACGGUGUGAUAGUUUGAUAGUUUUACUAUGUUUGAUAGUUUUAUGCGUGUUUGUAUUCAAGUAGUUUAAAAAUUACCAUAAAACACACAUCAGUAAGACACUACUACUCUGAAUAAUCAUAUUGAUGGCUGGUCUCCAGUUUUUUCAGAAUGUAAAUCCGAGCCUAGCACCCACCCCCACCUCCUCUUGAAGCUUUUUAAUGCUCAGCCUUCCCAGACUCAUCUUUGCCCGCAGUGCCGCUCAUUUGCACAGCCCCAGCCCCGCGGGCCUCCUCUUAGUCUGCCAGAGGUUUCUGUCGGUGUGCAGCGUUGGCAUGCGCUGCUCCCUCUGCUCCCUGGACCUGGAAUACUCUUCCUCCCCCCAGGUUGACCCCCACUGGGCCUUAGGACCACAGCUCUGCAGUCACGUCCUCCUGGGAGCCCUCAGAGUCUUCACCUCUCGGUUGCAUAUUCCUCUCCCAGCACCCGCACCCCCCCUUCCUGGCACGUGUCAUUUUAUAUUUUCAUUUUGCUUGUGUGACCUUUUGAUUUAUGUGUCUCUUUCCCACUAGAACUGUAAGCUUCACAAGAACAGAACUGUGUCUGAUUUGUUUUCCUUGGUGCCCUGGCUCCUAGCUCAGUGCCUGGAACAUAUUAGACACUCAAUAAAUAGUGGGGACUGGUUCAAUUUUCCUUGACAUCUUUUAUUUUAUUAAGAUGCAACACCUCGUUCUCCUAGACAUUUUUUUCCCAAUUAAUAUUAAAAACAAACAAAAAAACCCCAGCCUCUGAACUAAAAUUGGGGAGAAAGAAAUUGGUUACCUGUGACCUUAAUGAGACAAAUCCUUAAAAAAAUUCUAAGUGUAAAGCUUUAGCGCGGUGUCCUAAGAUGCGAGGACAGUUAUCCAGAAUCAGGGAAAGGGCUAGAAAAGGAGUUUCUCUCCCUGAGAGACUAGGAUGCUGGCUUUGGCUACGCAUAGGAUGUUGGAGCCAGAGGGAGGCCAAGCCUGGUGUGGGAGUCCGGAGUCCCCAUACAGGGCAGGGGAAUGGUGGGAGAAUCCGAUACUAAUUUUACCAUGGCUGCAUUGUUUUUGAAGUAAAUCCUUCUAUUUCCCCCAAACUUUCUUUGAAGUCAGCUGGACGUGUAGCAUUUGGGGAUCCCUUCCCAACCCUGAACAUCACCAAACAAGCGCUGAUUCCAUAACUGGGUUGGAAUCAGGGAAAAGGGGCAGCAGGAGGGAGGGGGAGACUAUUUAGAACUAAGACAAUUCACAGGAACAAGAGUCAGAAGGAACCACAAGACUUAAGCCUCCUAGGGAUCUUAGAAAAGUGAAAGGAGGGCACUGAUCUUUAUAAGUAACGCAUAGAAUGGGGAUGCAGGAGAGGGUGUGAGCCAGCUUCGUAUACAUCUGAGAGGACAGAGUACCUCCAGAUGACCUGUGGACCCAGAUAUUUCUGUGUCCUGAUGGACAUUCGAAGGAUUAAAAAGCUUUGUGUCCAGGAUAACAAGGAAGCUGAGGAGGGUUCUUAAAUUUAUCCAGAGUAAGAAGGAAAAAAAUAUUUCCACACCUAAAUAAAGCUAGCAGAGAAACAAGGUCGCUCAGGUGUCAGCAUGCUAAUUAUACGCCCAGCAGACUUGGCAGGUACAAAGAUUAAAUU